AUGGACAAGGUGGAUGAUUUGGCAGCCUAUGGUGAAGCUGCUCCUUACCUCAGGAAAAGCCCACAACAGCUGAAGGCAAUCCAGAAUGUUCCGUUUGACGGUAAGAAGAAAGUCUGGGUCCCUGACAAGAAGGAAGUUUAUAUUGAAGCGGAAAUAAAGGAACGUAACAGUGGGAAAAUCAUUGUGGAGACGAUUGCUGGACAAGUGAUGACUCUGAAGGAAGGGGAUGCUCAGGAGAUGAACCCACCUAAAUUCAGUCUGGCUGAAGAUAUGGCCAUGUUAACCCAUCUGAACGAGGCGUCUGUGCUACACAACCUCAGGCAGAGAUAUGCAAACUGGCUGAUCUACACUUACUCGGGGUUGUUCUGUGUGUCGGUGAACCCUUACAAAUUGCUGCCUGUGUACACACCGACUGUGGUCGCGGCCUACAAACGGAAACGCAAGGGCGAUGCUCCCCCACAUAUAUACUGCAUUGCAGACAAUGCCUACUUCGAUAUGUUGAGCAAUCGUGAGAACCAGUCCAUGCUGAUCACGGGUGAGUCUGGAGCUGGGAAAACAGUGAAUACUAAGAGAGUGAUUCAAUACUUUGCCAUUACCGCCGCUCAGGGAGACCUGGCAAUGAAGAAGACGGCCUCCCUGGAAGAUCAGAUCAUUGAGGCUAAUCCAGCCAUGGAAGCGUUUGGGAAUGCUAAAACUGUUCGAAAUGACAACUCUUCCAGAUUUGGCAAAUACAUACGGAUCCAUUUUGGACACACGGGCAAGCUCUCGUCUGCUGACAUUGACACCUACUUGCUGGAAAAGUCACGUGUUGUAUUCCAACAACCUGGGGAGCGGAGUUAUCACAUUUAUUAUCAGAUCCUGUCUGGCAAGAAAAAGGAACUUCAAGAUAUCCUAAUGGUCUCCACCAACCCCCACGACUAUCACUUCUGUUCACAAGGAGUACUGACAGUGGACAAAGUUGACGAUGGUGCAGAGCUAAUGGCAACUGAUCACGCUAUGGACAUCUUGGGCUUUUCCACAGAAGAGAAAUACAACUGCUACAAAAUGGUGGGGGUGAUCUUACAUUUUGGGAACAUGAAGUUCAAACAGAAGCCAAGGGAGGAGCAGGCUGAAAUCGAUGGAACAGAAAGUGCAGAUAAAGCCGCCUGCUUACUGGGAAUUCGCUCAACAGACCUGAUCACCAGCCUGCUCCACCCUCAGGUGAAGAUUGGCAAUGAGUGUGUGACCAAGGAUCAGAAUGUUGGGCAGGUCCUCUAUGCUGUUGGAGCUUUAGCGAAAGCCACGUAUGACCGGAUGUUCACAUGGCUGGUGACACGGAUUAACAAGACACUGGACACAAAGCUGGCGAGCAAAUUCUUUAUCGGAGUGCUGGACAUCGCAGGCUUCGAGAUUUUUCAACUGAACAGUUUCGAGCAGCUCUGUAUUAACUUCACCAACGAGAAGCUGCAACAGUUCUUCAAUCACCACAUGUUCGUACUUGAACAGGAGGAGUAUAAGAUGCAGGGCCUCGAGUGGACCUUCGUCGACUUUGGUAUGGACUUACAGGCCUGUAUCGACCUGAUCGAGAAGCCGUUGGGAAUCCUGUCGAUCCUGGAGGAGGAGUGCAUGUUUCCAAAGGCCACGGACGUAACCUUUAACGCAAAACUCCACGACAAUCUCCUGGGGAAGUCGCCGAACUUUCUGAAGCCGAAACCUGACAAGAAGAGAAAAUACGAGUCGCACUUUGAGAUCCUGCAUUAUGCUGGAGUGGUCCCCUACAACCUCCAUGGCUGGUUAGACAAGAACAAAGACCCCUUGAAUGAAACGGUAGUGGAACUCUUCCACCAAUCCUCGAAUGAGUUAGUGGCCCUCCUGUACCAGGACUACGUCAGUGCAUAUACAGGUGAACAGAAACAGCCAGGCGGGAAGACCAGGAGGAGAAAAGCUGCCUCAUUCCGUACUGUCUCACAGCUACAUAAAGAGAACCUGAACAAGCUGAUGACAAAUCUCCGUUCCACACAGCCGCACUUUGUCCGCUGUAUCAUUCCCAACGAGACCAAGACACCAGGUGUCAUUGAGCCCCAUCUCGUGCUCCAUCAGCUGCGGUGCAACGGUGUGCUGGAAGGAAUCCGCAUUUGCCGCAUCGGUUUCCCCAACCGUAUCUUCUAUGGAGAGUUCAAGCAGAGAUACUGGAUCUUGAACCCGAAUAUCCUGCCGAAGGGCACCUACGUGGACAGCAGGACAGCAGCAGAGGCCCUCCUGGCAUCACUAGCUAUCGAUCGGAGUCAGUAUCGCUUCGGGCACACCAAGGUGUUCUUCAGAGCUGGACUCCUUGGUCUGUUGGAAGAAAUGAGAGACAAGAGGCUGGCUAAGGUUCUGACCCUGAUGCAGGCCAAAUGUCGAGGCAUGUUGGCACGUUUGGAGUUUGCGAGGUUGGUUGAGAUAAGGGACACUAUCCAGAUCAUCCAGAGAAACUUCCGGGCUUUCCAGAGGUUGAAGAAAUGGAGCUGGAUGAAGCUGUUUUACAAAAUCAAACCCCUGCUGAAGUGUGCUGAGACAGAGAAACAGCUUCAGGAGCUGAAGGAAUCGCUCGCAAAAUCAGAGAGUAUGAGGAAGGUGGUGGAAUGCCAGCAUCAGGAACUCAUCAAUCAGAAAGAUGAGCUUCUGCAGCAACUACAGACCGAUCAGGAAAACCUGGCCGAUGCUGAGGAGAGGUGUGAGCUGCUGGUUAAGACCAAGAGACAUCUGGAAUCCAAAAUCCAGGAGCUUCUGGAAGGUUUGGAGAGUCAGAUGGAAAUGAGCCAAGAGCUGGCCAAUAGAAAGCGGAAAUUGGAGGAGGAAUGUGGGCAGAUGAAGUCCAACAUUGACACCUUGGAGAGUACUCUGAGCAAAAUGAGCAAGGAGAAACGUGUAGCUGAAAACAAGGUGGUAAAUCUCACAGAGGAAACGUCAGAGAUGAACGCGCUGAUUGCGAAGUUGAGAAAAGAGAAGAAUGCCCUUCAAGAAGCCCAUCAGAAUAUUCUGGAAGAUCUGCAAAUGGAGGAGGAGAAGGUCAACAGUUUAAGCAAGGCCAAGGCGAAAUUUGAACAGCAAGUGGAAGAUAUGGAAGUAUCCCUGGAGGAGGAGAAGAAGAUCCGUAUGGAAAUUGAUCGAUCCAGGAAGAAGUUGGAGGAAGAUUUGAAACAGACUCUUGAGUCGGUGAUUGACUUGGAAAGUAAUAAAGUGCAAAUGGAGGAAAAGCUGAGGAGGCGGGAGUUUGAGAUCGGUGAGCUGCAGACAACUAUCAGUGAGGACCAGAGUUUAAUCUCAAAGCUGCAGAAGAGGCUGAAGGAGCUGCAGGGUCAAAACCAGGAGCUGACCGAGGAGUUGGAGAGUGAGCAGAGUGCGCGAGCGAGGAGUGAGCGGCAGCGAGCUGAACUCGAGCUCAGGGUCCAGGAGCUCACCCAGCAGCUCCAAAACGCCGGGGGCCAGAGCAGCUCACAGGCAGAGCUGACCAAGAGGCAGGAGGCAGAGUGCCAACGCCUACGCAGGGAGCUGGAGGAGAGCCGCCUGUGCCAGGAGAAGGCGGCAGCGGAACUCCAGAGGAAACAGCUGGGCACAGUGGGCGACCUGGAGGAGCAGGUCGAGAAGCUGCAGUACGCCAGACAAAACCUCGAGAAGGAGAAGCAGGCCAUGAAAACCAACAUGGACACGAUGACUGCAAAUAUUGACCAACUCUCCAGAGCAAAGGUUGAGUUUGAGAGACGUUGUCACGCACAUGAGGCUGAAGCGAGAGACGCCAAAUGCAAAGUGGAGGAACUUCAGAGUGAAUUGCAAAACCUUCGAGCACACAUGACAAGGACAAAAUCUGAGGCAGGGGAGCUGUCACACCAGCUACAGGAACGGGAUGCUCUCAUCGCACAGUCCGCUCGGGUUAAAAUGGCCAUGAACCAGCAGCUCGAGGAGCUGAGGAACCAGCUGCAGGAGGAAUCGAAGCUCCGGAUGGGACUAGCUCAGAGCCUGCAGGACACCCGCAAUGACUGCGAGUUCCUCCGGGGGCAGAACGAAGAGGAGCAGGAAGAACGGGCCCUCCUUCAGAAGAGCCUCAGCAAGGCCAUUGCGGACGCCGCGCUGUGGAAGUCAAAAUACGAGGCAGAUGGAGUCCAGAAACUGGCCGAGUUGGAGGAGGCCAAGAAGCAUCUCGCUGCCCGCCUUCAGGAAAUGGAGGACAAGGCUGAGGCAGUGGGCAGCAAGUGCGCUGCCCUGGAAAAGGUCAAGAACCGGCUCCAGGCGGAGGUGGGGGACCUCAACGCCGAGGUCGAGAGAUCCCACGCUGUGUCCGCCACCCUCGAGAGGAAGCAGCAAAACUUCGACAAGGCCCUGAACGAGUGGAGGGUGAAACUGGAGCAGUCCCAGGCUGAGCUGGAGGCAGCACAGGGAGAGACGAGGGAGAUAAGCACCCAGCUACUGAAGCUCAAAUCGGCCUUCGAUGAGGCAGUCGAUUCGAGAGAGGCGCUGAGAAGAGAGAACAAGCACCACCUGGAGGAGAUUGCCUCGCUGACAGAGCAGCUGAAUGAAGCCACACAGCACUGGCACGAGACGGACAAGAUAAGGAAACGGCUCCAAGAGGAACACACGCAGCUAGAGGUGGCACUGGAGGAUCUCCAGAAUGAGCUGAAGACAGCGGAGAACAGGAGCAGCCGUCAUGAGGUGGAGCUGAGUCAGCUGCAGAGUGAGAAUGAGAGAAAACUAAAGGAGAAGGAUGAUGAGCUGGCCAGCGUGAGGAGGAACCACCAGCGUACCAUAGACACCCUGCAGGCUGACCUGGAGACUGAGAUGAGGAGCAGAACCGAGGCUCUCCGAAUACAGAAGAAAAUGGAGAACGACCUCAAUGAGAUGGAGCAGCAAAUGAACCAAGCGAUUCGCAGAGCCAAUGAGACACAGAGGGCUGUCCGCAACUUAUUGUCUCAGACAAAGGAAUUACAGGCUCAGCUGGAGUCCAGCUCUCAGCUGAACGAGGGCCUGAAGGAGGAGCUGAAUGUGUCAAACCGCCGCGUAAUUACGCUGACCGCUGAGCUCGAGACCGUGAGAAACCUGCUGGAGACCGCAGAACGCAACUGCAAAACAGCGGAGCAGGAACUGCAGGACGGACGAGACAGAUCAGAAAUGAUUCUCUCUCAGAACAUAAGCCUCCUAAAUCAGAAGAAAACGUAUGAAUAUGACAUUGAGCAACUGAACCAGCAAGUUGAGAAAUUGGUGCAAGAAUUUCGGAUGGAAGCAGAGAACUCCCGGAAAGCCAAAACUGAGGUUACGGCACUGACUGAGAAGCUGAAGAGAGAACAGGAAAUCAACUCCAGCCUGGAACUGGCCAAAAAGAGCCUGGAACAGAUGGUCAAAGACUUGCAGGAACAGCUGGAUGAAGCUGAGAUGGGGGCACUGAAAAGCAGCAAGAAGCAGAUGCACAAGAUGGAGGCUCGGGUCCGAGGGUUGGAGGAGGAGAUUGCCAUCGAGAAGAAGAAGAAUGCUGAGUUACAAAGAGGAAUAAGAAAGCAGGAACGCUGUGUUAAAGAACUCAACUUCCAGACUGAAGAAGAUCAAAAAAAUUUGAAAAGGCUGCAGGAAGUGAUUGAUCAAAUGCAGCUGAAGAUGAAAAGUUACAAGCAGCAAACUGAGCAGGCCGAGGAACAGGCCAACAUGAACCUCUCAAAGUUUCGGAAAGCACGGUACGAGCUGCAAAACGCAGAGGAGCGAGCGGAUGCAGCAGAAAAUCAAGUGAACAAACUGCGGCCAAAGGCAAUGCAGCUCUAUGGUUAGGGUAGCGACGGAUGGAAUGCAAGAGGACUUCAUGGCCAGGCGAGAGCUGCAGUGAAAUUUGAUUGCUUGAGCUGAAACACUCGAGAAUCGAGGCGAUCUUGCUGAUGAUUCCAAGCCCAGAUUGGGAAAUCACAGAUUAUGGAUGGGCUAUGACACCUAGAAUUUUGCCAAUAGCUAAACAAGAUUUACAAUGAAUUUUUAGAAAAAAAAUUGUCCGAAGAUUUAAAGAAAAAAAACACUGGCUUUUCCAUCAAGUGUGGAAAUAUGAUUGAUUCGCGCUUGUUAGUACAAAUGCCUCUGGCACCAUCAGUGCUUCAUUUAAUGCUUUAUAGAAUUCUGCAGAUUGAUGAAAACACGCAAACGUACAUCUGCCCGAUAUGAUUCAGUAGUAGCACUUUUCUGAGUCAGGAGGUAACAGAUUCAAGACCCACUGUAAGCGAGGCUGAUGCAGUCUGAAGGGAUUCCUGCAUGUUGCGGGUGCUGUCUUUCACAUUUAAUGUUUAACCAGAAAAUACUCCAAGUCCAAUACCCCAUUGGCUGAGAUAGGUGCAAAAGACGCCACUGUCUGAGGAGUAAGCUUGUCUUCUGGCCAAUAUUUAUUACUCAACUCAGAUUAACUGAUCAACAACCUGUUGCUGAUGAGACAUUGCUAUGUGGAUAUUGACUAGUAGUCAUGCUUUUCCUGACAUUACAAAGCAAUGGAGCAUUUUUAAGUGAAAAAAGGACUAUAUCAGUCCAAAUUCUUUCCUUGCUAACUGCAGACCAGCUGCCAUGAUAUUGUUAGAAAUGCAGGAAGAAGCAACUGCAAUUCCCUCCUGCAGAUCAGAGCUCCACCUCCAAGUACCUCCUCAUGCAGACUGGAAACAGGUGUCUCUGAGCUUGGUAAAGUAUCACCUGAUCAGACUAUCCGAGUGCAGAACUGAGAAUAUAUUGUGUCCCUUAUUUUAGAUGAGCAAAAAUAAGUUGUACAUCCUGAGGACAGAUAAGGAAAAUGAAACAAAAUGCUACAAUCAAAACAGAAAGAUUUGAAAUUGCCUCAAGUUCUAACGAAAGGUCACACUCAACACUUUCAGUUGGCUUGUCAUCUUAUUCAGAUUUCCAACAGGGACCAUUUUGGCAGCUUUCAUUUUACAGAUUACAUUUAAAUAGCAACUUUAUUCAACUGAACUCACCCAAAGUGCUUCAACAGGAGCAUAAACAAAAUUAGACACCAAACUUCAACAGGAGACCUUAGGGAAGUUUAACAAAAUAUUGGUCAAUAAGGUAGGUUUUAAGAAACGCCCUGAAGGCUAGGGGGAGGAGAAGUUCAGGGAGAGAAUCUCAGAGGCUUGUAUAACUGAAGAUCUAAUAUAAAUCAGGGAUGCAGUGCACUGCAGAUAAAUCAUCGGUGAGUGGUGUUAAACCCAUUGAACUUUCAGGGAUCAUAAUAGAUAUUCUUAAACUGAAAUCAGGUCAAAUUGAGAACCGUAUUGUGAAAUGAUGGAAUCAGUCAAUUGAGUUGAAAAUAUAGAGUGUAAUAAGCACAAAUUUCUGAGUUCGGAGGGUCGAGGUUCAAGUCCAGCUCCAGAGAUUUGUGCACACAGUUCAGGCUGACACUCCCACAGCACAGACUCUACAGCUUAAUACUGCGUCAUCAGAGGGGCUGUGUGUUUUGAAUGACACAUUAAACGAAUUAGGGUAGGCCAUGUGCCUCCUCAGGCCUGCUUCAUAAAACCAGGGCCUAUCUACACUACUAGACAUAAAAGAUGCUAGCAUACUAUUCAAAAAGCAGCAAAGUACUCUCUCCUGGUCAACAUUAAUUCUCAACUGACAUCAGUAAAAUAAUUAAUUUGCUCAUUAUCACUGUGGGAACUUGCUUUGUACAAACUGGUUUCUAGACCUUUUUUUGUAUGAAACGACCACAUUUUACACAGUGGUGGUAAAGCAUUUUCAUUCGUACUGAGGCAGUGAAAGGUUUAAAUGCAAGCUCCUUUGCUUGAUUGAGUUCUCAGCUGAAGUAAUGGUAAUCACAUAAGCCACAGGCAACUCAUGGUUAACUAACAAUCACUCUAACUCCACAUCCUCCUCUCUCUCGCACAGGGUCUCUCCCAUUUCAGUGAUACACUGACUCACCCAGAGACAAACAUGAUCAUAGACUGUUUGAGAUGGCUCCCACAGUUGGAAAUGGUGGAAAUAACCUAUUCUAGUAAACCCAAAAGUUUGAUGUUUCUUGAUAGUUUGUUGCUUUGCUU